UGCAUUGUAUUUAUUGAGGUGUGACUCUGCGUUCAACUUACAUUGUACUCAUUUCUUUAAAUGUAGAACCAAUGAAGCUUUGAUGUGGUAUUACUAAGAGGUCCAUUAAUUUUGCACCAAUUACUUUCGGGUAAUAAAUACUCGUAUUUUCUAUACUUGACCCAAAAAAUUAGAAAAUUAAACUACACAGUAUUUCCACUGUGUACAAUUUUUUUUAUUUUCAACAGAUAAAAUUAGGAUUUGAAUUUCUUAAAUGACAUGAAUUCCUCCUAACAAGUUAACAAAAUUCACUUCUCCGCAAAACUUUGACACCCACAAAACCAUUACAAAAAAGAGAGAGAGGAAAAAAAAAAAAAAAAAAACUCCUAAUUCCUUUGCGUUUUUGUCUCCCUCUCUUAUCCUUCAAAAUUUUCAUUUCCUUUUUUAUGUCAUCUUCUUCUCCUCUUCCUUCUGGUUGUCCCUAAGAAAUCCCAAUCCCUACUUGCAGAGGCAAUAUGUAAUUGAAUAUAUAUACUAUAUAUAUACAUAGGUAUAUACCCCCUCUAUAUAUUCAAUUACAUCUUCAUUUUUAUAUCUCAUUUCUUUUUUCUUUUUCUUUUUUUUCAUUUCAAGAAUUUCUCUUAUUUACCCAAUAGCAAACACAAUUCUACAUAAAUUUUACCUUUACAUAGACCAGAAAACCAGAAGUCCCUUACAAACUUGCUUUUAGUUUUAUGUCUUUUUUGACACGUAAGAGAUAUAAUAAGGUCAUUUUCUCUCUAUUCAAUUUGUAAGUGGCCAUAAGAGAUCAUUUCCUUGAAUUUCAUUGUGAUUUGUAUAGUUUUGGUAUAAUUGGGCUUUUGUUUGGUUUUCAACUAAUAGCAUGAGGGUCCAUCCUAUGUGCAUGAAACGUAACAUUGCCAUACGUGAAGGUAUCGAUUCAGGUUCAGGUUCGGAUAUCUUAGCAGUUAUGGAAGGAAACCCCAUGAAGAAGCUUCGUAAACUACCUCACGUAUUUGGGAAGGUUCUUGAACUUCCAUUCCGUUCCGAUGCUGACGUGGCGGUGGAGGAAGGCCCUGAAUUCUUCCGUUUCGUGGCUGAGAUGGAUUUUGAGGGCGACGGAGUAAGGGUGCAUGCAGUGGAGAUACAUACCGGGAUAACGAAGAUUGUGGUGAGGAAUGGUGGUGCUGGAGAUGGUGGUGGUGGUGUUAAUGGUGGUGGUGGUGAAGAGGAGUUGUUGUUGGAAGAGCUGAAGGUGGACACGUGGAGGUUCAGGUUGCCCGCGACGACAAAGCCUGAGCUGGCUACGGCUGUGUUUGUGGAUGGAGAGUUGAUUGUGACGGUGCCAAAAGGUGGACGUGGUGGUGGUGAUUUUGCUGAUGGUAGGGAUGUUUGGGGUGGUGGUGGUGGAAGGCUUGUUCUUGUACAGUAGCCACAAGAGUCACUAAUAUAUAUUCUAAAAAAGAAUUAUUCUCCAAAUAAUAGUAUACUAAUAAUAAUUGUUGUACAUUAUGGGAUUGUUGUUGUUGUAAUAAUUGUUGUACAUUAUGGGAUUGUUGUUGUUGUUAUAAUAAUUGUUGUACAUUAUGGUUGACUCGAGAACUUCAUUCUCCAUGUAAUAAUACUACUACUAAUAUUCUAUCAUUUGAU